UUGUCAUGAUCGUUGGAAUUUUUUCGCGUUAUCGUUGGCAAACAUAUGUUCACAUCAAAUCGCAGCCAUUCAUCUCAAGUGCAGACAUGUGAACAUCGGCCGAUGUCGGGAGCCAACGAGGUGGACACCCGUGUCACGCCUGACAUCGAGCAAAUCAUCCAGAUGUUUCUCGUCAUUAACUAGAUCCCUACUCCCUCUCUGUGACUUUGCUGAGUCUUUGAGAAAUGCCUCUGUGGACGUGUGAUUUCGAAGACUGCCGCAAACCGGCUGUCCGCACUUUGGGCGAUUGCGUUCUCUGUGACCGCCAUUUGUGCUCCAGUCAUCUUGAACCUGACUAUCACAAAUGUCCCCGAUGGGAGGACGCGGAUGUCUAUGAUCCGGCUGCUCGUGAGGCUGAAGAGCAAGAGCUCGCGAAGCUGUUCGACAAAAUCAACACUUCAGCCCUCGAGGCGCGAUGCAGUCUUCUACGCAGAGGCCUGCCCUGUCGCGUACCUCCUCUCCAGUACAACAGAUCCACACGAAGUUCUGUGAUGGGAGGAAUGAACUAUCACAUUGAAGUGUGUUUUGAAGAUGGAGUGACGUGGAUUGCCCGCGUUCGCAGAUGCAACGCCACGUCCCCUCCAGCAGCGCUUCGAGAUUAUAUCAUUCAGAGUGAGGUUGCAACACUCAUGUUCCUUGAGAAGACCAACGUCCCCGCGCCAAAGGUUUACGACUUUGAGCUUGAGCACUCAGCCAACGCUGUGGGAGUAGGAUUCAUCCUCAUGGAGAAGUUACCAGGCAACUCUUUGAGAUGGUCCUUGACAACUCCGCAACAGAGGGAGAAGGUAAUAGACCAGCUUGCCAAUACUUUCAUUGAGCUUCACAAAUACCCCUUCCCGCUUCUCGGGUCUCUUGAUACCCCCGGUGACUCUCAGAUCGCCUCGUUUGCUCGGGAAUCGCUCACGGACUAUGUGGAAUCCAAAAUGCGCUCCUUUGGCCCCUUUUCCACUUCAAAAGAGUAUCAUUUGUCUGAACUUCGACAUGUUCUAGACUUGAUUCUUCGAGGGGAGAUGUACUCGCAACAAGCAGUGGAUGCGUACCUGAUCCAUCGAUUCCUCGUCGAUCUCGUCCCGCUUGUGGUGGACUCGGAGGAAAAUCAUGAAUUCUUCCUCACCCACGCAGACGACAAAGGAGAUCAUAUUCUGGUCGACGAGCAAUUCAAUAUCACCGGUAUCAUUGAUUGGGAGUGGGCUCACACCGCGUCGCUAGCAAAUGCCUUUAACUCUCCCAUUGGUCUCCUGCCAGUUGCAGAUUUCUACAAUGGUAAGAAUGAACUAGGUGACGAUGAGGUCGUUUUUGCUCGGCGUUUUGAAGAUAAGGGACGCGAGGACCUUGCUCAAGUCGUCCGGAACGGCCGGAUACGCCACUGGUUCGCUUUCUGCUGCGGGUACGAUCUCGUAGACUGGGAUGGGUUCCUUGGUCUGUUUCGAGGUCUUCGCGACGCUGUAGGGGUGGACGAGGGCUUGGAGUGGGAUGAGUGGAAGGCUGCUGCGCUGCGACGCUAUCAGGACGAUUCUGACCUGCAGUUGCUGUUGGCCAGGUAGAUGGGGUUACGAGUUGACGAAAUGACGACUGCUUUGGCUGUUCCCGAUAUUUAUCGUUGUGCAGACGAGAGAACCGGUGGCAGUAGCCACAACACCUUACGCCAGAUGAUUCUGGGCUCUGUAUAUGAAUUAUGUGCAGUUUUCUAAGUGCUUUCAAGUGCUUUCAAGUGAAUGUAAAUGCCUGGCUGAAUGUCACAG